AUUCAACAAUUAAAAAAAAUUGUGACAUCUAUCUUCAUUAUAUGAAUAUCCCACUUGAAGGUCAUCAAAUCAUAUAGAUCAUUUCUAUUGGCAGAAACUAUGCCAUUACAAUAUGACUACAUAUGAUUGGAGCUUUUAGAUCUUAACACAUCUCAUUUGUCUUUACAUUUAUUAGCUAUUUUUUAUUAUUGUUAUGUUCAUCUUAUAAAAUGAAUAUUGUUUUACUCACUACAUGUGCCGAUUUCCCUAUAUAUAUAUAUAUAUAUAUAUAUAUAUAUAUAUAUAUAUAUAUAUAUAUAUAUAUAUAUAUAUAUAUAUAUAAGCUAAAAAUCACAAUAGAAUGGGAAGAAAAAAAGAAAAGAAAAAAAUACUAUAAGUUUAUUUAUUUUUACAGUCAACUAUAUGAAAUAAACAUCCAAAACCCAUUCAACUUUACCGCUUUUUAAACAAAAAAUAAAUUAACUUGUUGGCAACAACUAAUACUAUUUCUUUAUUAAAAAUGAUAAAAAAAUUUUGAAUUAUUAAACAUUACUGAUUAAUAAACAAAAAAAAAGUACCACUAAUAUAAUAAUAAUUGCAAUAGUAAUAAUAAUAAUUAUAAUAAUAUGGGUUCAGAGCAAAGUCGUCCAACUAGUAAUAAACAAAAAAAAUCAAGUUUAACUAGGAAUUCACAAAUUAUUAUAAAAACAAGUAAAACAUCAAUAAACAAUAUAAAACCAAGAGAAAAUUCUAUAGAUUUAUUAAAUAAUCAAAAUAUAGAUAAUGAUAAUAUAAAUUUACAAAGUAUACCAGAGAAUAAAUCAUUUCGACAAUUAUUUUCUGAUUUAGAAUUGGAUGUUUUAUUUUCUACAUGGCCACUAUUAUCACAAAAUCCAAUACGUACUGGUUGUUUAAUAUUUAAAAAUGCAUUUGAAAUUCAUCCAAAAUUAUCAACAUUUUUUCCAUUCGGCCAUCUUAGUCCUGAUGUACUUGUGGAUAGUCCAGAUUGUAAAAAACAUUCAGCAAAAGUUAUGAGAGUAAUAAAUAUGGCUGUUAAAGCAUUAGAAGGUGACAGUAAGUCAUUAUAUGAAGAAUUGGCAUUACUUGGAGCAAAACACGCUGCUAUAAGUAAUAUGAAAAUUGAAUAUUUCAAGAUUAUAAAAGAAGCAAUUUUAAUGACAUGGGGACGAUUAAUUUAUGAAGAAUUUACUGAUGAUGUUAGAAAUGCAUGGGGUCAUGUUUUAGAUGAAAUUGUUGGAAUUAUGGGUGUUGGUUGUUUAAUAUUUGAAGAAGAAGAAGAGAAAAUAUUAGAAGAACAAGAAAAAAAUGAUAAUAUUCAAGAAUUUAUUACAUCAUCUAAUGAUUAUCAACAAAAUUAUAAAAAAUAUAAUAAAAAAAGUCGUUUAAGUGUAGCAACGGUUCCUAAAGAAGAAUUAGAUCAGAUUUAUCCCAAUUGUAAAUAAAAAGAAGGAAAAUCUGAGAUUAGUUUAUUUCAUGAAUACUAUUUCUUACGAAAAUAUAUGAGUUAAAACUCAAAAAUAAACAAACAAACAAAAUAUUCAUUACCAAGUUUAAUAAAAAGUUUAAUUUUUUUCCUUUUUUGUGCGUGUUUGUGUGUGUUUGUGUGUGUGUAAAAUGUUCUUACAUUUAAUUAUAUACUGUUUUCAUGUUGUAGUCUGGUAUGUAUAUUUCACCUAUAAAUGUAUCUUAUAUUUUACAUUAUUCAUUAGAAAAUAAUAAUAAUAAAUAUGUUAAUUUAAU